AGGGCGGCGGACGUAAUCCGAAGUAUGAUCCCGACUUCUGGACGCGGCAUUUCAAGGCCAUGUGCACGACGUUGGCCAUGGCCACUGACGCCUUUAAGCUGAAGCCCGGCAUGGUCCACAAGAUACUGGUCGAUGACCGUCACCAGGUAGAAGAUUGUUUUCAUUGGUUUUAUGGGGGAGUGGGGGGAGUGGGGGAGGGUGCCAGGACGUAACGGUAGGCUCACAUACAACAUUUCGAACGUGAGGCGUUCGUUCAGCUGGAAAGGUGCUCAACUUUGAUUAGUGGAAUUAGACACUUUGUUGGUAGAGUGAAAAUAGAAGAUGACAUGUCUCCACAGAUUGUGUGUGUGUUUAGGAAAAAAUAAUGCGUGGGGGGGGGGGGCGCGGUUAGUUUGAGAUGAAGGCUGCGAGCUUUCUAAAAUACGUGUAGAAAAUAAUGUUGACACUGUAAGCACAGCGUAAUUGGUUAAUUAAAUAUACAAAUAGUAACUAUAUAUAUGUAUAUUGCUGGCCCAACAAUUUGGAACACCCUUCCUGACGCUCUCAGAAACAGCCAGACACUGCAAGUCCUUCAAAACCGAUUUGAAAACACCCGCUAGAGUGAUGUUGUCUACUGUCUUUUAAAGCUAGCUGUUAUCUCCUAGAUGUAUAUUGGCUUGCGUUGUUUAUGUUUACAAGGCAUGAAAGACUUUGAAUGGGUUUGUCUCCUAUGUAGUUUUUGCAAUGUUGCGUUUUGUAUUUCAAUGUGGUAAAAUAUAGAUUGUAUCAUUGCUGUUUUAAUAUGGUUGACUUUGUACAGCGCUUCGAGCCUUUGGAGAUGAAGCGUGUUUUUCAAAUUAACUCUAUUAGUUAUUUUAUAUAUAUAUAUAUAUAUAUAUAUAUAUAUAUAUAUAUAUAUAUAUUCUAUUUGUAUAUUUAUUGCAUCUUCAAUAUAAACUAGUUCCAGUAAUUUCAAUUCCAUGGACAUUUUUUUUUUCGUUAGAUACUUUUUGGACAGAUGGCCAAGGUGGCGUCCACCAACCUUGGCCGGAUAUUCGCCAUCAUGGCCGGUCUCUUUAACAGCAGUGACCCCGACGACAUUGACCCGGAGCAGGUUCACACAAUAAUAAACCACAGAGAGACUCACCUCAGCGAGUUCCCCAUCAACGAUAUCAUCUACAGAAUCAACACGUACUACAAGUUCGUCUUCGUCCGCGACCCCUUCGAGCGGCUGCUCUCCGCGUUCAUAGACAAAUUCUCGCCCCCGAGACCGGGAUAUUUCGAGAAGAUCGCGAAAAACAUCGUCCGCAUCUACCGGAAGUCGUCGUUCCACUGGAAGCCGAUCGCGUUCCCCGAGUUCAUCGAGUACGUCUCGGAGGCCGGUCGCGUGAUACGCACAGACAACCACUGGAUGCCCUUCCACGAGCUGUCCCGGCCGUGUGAGCUCAGAUACGACUUUGUCGGGACCAUCUACACAAUGCACGACGACCUGCAGCACGUGCUGCGGCACAGUGGGCUGACGGGAGUCGUGAAGAUCCCGGAGCAGAAGGCGGCACGCAGCUUGCACGAGACGGACAAGUACCUGCAGCAGUAUUACUCACAGGUGCCGAAAAAAGUGCUGAAGAAACUUUACGACGUAUACCAUUACGACUAUGAACUCUUUAACCUAACCUUACCCGCUUGUAUACAAACUAUGUUGAAACUAUGA